CUUGUCGUUUCGUCAGUGGACGUGAGUAACUCGUCUCUCCUAUUGCGCUCUUUAGAGCGACGGUUGUGUAACACCGAACAAAAACACAUGUCUGACUCUGAUAUGGAAAUAAAUCCUGCUAGACGAAUGGGAUUCGCCGACGAUAACUUCGUCAUGAUCCACGGGGACUAUUAUCGCAUGAACGACAUCUCAAAUGCAAAUAGGCGACCGAUUAUGCUGUUAGCUUGGUACACGGAAUUUGCCGAUAUCCUGUUGCGGAACUUAAGAUUGGGACUCGCUGAAGAGACUCGCCAAGACCUUGAAGAAAAAGGUGCAACUGACAUUGUCAAAAAAAUUGCUGAAUUUUUAGAAAAUACACCAUCCGUUUUUUCACGUCCUGGGCAAUCAACUUCUGAAGAGACACGAAAUCGCAAUAGGAUUGUGAACAAAUUAAAAAUGGUAAAACAAAUUCGUAACCAUGGAACGCACAACAAAAUUCAAGAUUCAUAUUGGCUAGAAGCAAUGCUCACAUGCAUGAUUGAUCUCUGCCAAAUGCUCAAACAACUCGGAAUGGCCAGCAAUCGAUUAAGAAUCUUCGAAGCGGAUUGUGUCGAGCAAUUAAAAAAAUUGCGAAGGUUCAAUGACUUGUUUUAGACUUUAUGCGCCGGUGAUUGGCGUCGCGUUAUCAUUCGAGCCAUAAAAACUUUUGUGAUGUUUAAUUGCUAACUUGAAUACAAAGGAGAUUUAAUCGAAA